UACUGACACUCAGAUCUUACCUGACUCCAGGACAUCUCCCCGGCCAUGCUACAUCUCUGCUUCAGGGGAAGGGCCUCUGAGCAUGGAGGCAUCCAUCCAAAGACCACACCAUCCGGGUCCAGGGGGAGACAGCAACACCACAGUGGACAACCAUGGCCGUGGCUUCUAUGACUUCUCUCUUUCAGUUCCCUUUCCAUCUCCUAUGGAAGCAGAGAUUGCCUGCCGCUCUUUGGACCCAGAUCCUGAGCCUCGCCGUAGUGGAGUCCAGCGGGAGUUAACUGUCAUUGGGAAUAAAUUGGUUCUCCAUUGGAGAGCGGAAGAAGCCCGAUUCUUCCGAGUCUCUAUCACCACCUUCCUGGACUAUCUGGCUCUGGUCCUGCAGACCAUGGAGCGUUUUGGGCCCCCGGGGCCCCACUGAGACCCCUCUCAUCCCAGUUCCCCAAUGAAGAAGAUCUACCAGAAAGACUGAGUUUCAACAAGAUAGGAAAAUGGAAACCAAGACCCCUCCCCAUCUUCCUUACCUGCUCACUCACCACUCCCUUUCCCCCCACCCUACUUUGAAUACCACUUUCUCUUCAAAGGAGAAUAUGGAAGAUGCAAAGGAGAGAUCUUGGUUCCAGUUGCCCAUUCCACUAUGAACUUGUUGCAGAAAAUAAAUCUCAUUAUACAAACAAA